AUGGCAUCAAAUGUACCCGCAUCUCUGAAGCCGAUCGCUCAUUACAUCAAAAUCGCUAACGAGAAUUCUAGUCGGGAUCCUGUUGUGUAUUACUGGUGUCUUUUCUACGCUGUUCAAAAUGCGAUGCAUUUGGAUAAAAGUUCGCCAGAAGCGCUGAAGUUUCUCACCGGUUUGCUCAGUACGUUGGAGACUAUUAAGAAGCAGUUGGUUGGCAACGAGGCGAUAACUAACGAGGUGGUAGCACAAGCUCAUCUCGAGAACUUCGCUCUGAAGCUUUUCAAUUUUGCUGAUGUUCGAGAAAAAGCGGGUCAGGUUGACAAGAGUGUUGUGCAUGCCUUUUACACUGCAGGACACAUUAUGGACGUGCUUUCGCUUUUCGGUGAGGUGAGUCUUUCUUCCCGGAGUCAAUUUUUUCAUUCAUGUGCUGACACCGUUACGAUAUUUUGUUAUAGAACAUUUCUA